AUGGUGUCAUCCAAGAAGGUGUGUCUGGUCGGCGCCGGCGUGUCGGGGCUGGCGUCUGCCCGCGAGCUCCUCCGCGAGGGCCACGACGUGACGGUCAUGGAGCAGAGCAGCGGCAUCGGCGGGCAGUGGCUGUACGACCCGAGCACCGACGGCGGUGACCCCCUCGGUGCGGCCGGCGCGCACAGCAGCAUGUACGCCUCCGUCCGGCUCAUCAGCCUGAGGGAGCUCACGUGCUUCUCCGACUUCCCCUUCUUCCCCAGCAACGACGGCACCGGCGACGCCCGGCGGUACCCGGGGCACGUGGAGUUCCUGAGGUACAUCAGGGACUUCUGCGACGCGUUCGGGCUCAUGGACAUCGUCAGGCUCAACACCAAGGUCCUGCACGUCGACCUGGCGGCGCCGUGUGCCGCUGACAAUGGCGGCGUGAAGCGGUGGAUUGUGAGGUGGUCCUCGAGACAUGGUGACCGUGAGGGUGAGGUGGUCACCACGGAGGAUGUGUUUGAUGCCGUCGUCGUCGCCGUCGGCCAAAACACCCAGCCAAGGCUUCCAACCAUCACCGGCAUGGACAAGUGGAGCAGGAGGCAGCUGCACUCCCACUCGUACCGAGUCCCGGACUCCUUCCACGGCGAGGUGGUGGUGGUCGUGGGCUUCCAUGACAGCGGCAAGGACAUCACGCUGGAGCUCUCUAGGGUGGCGAUGGAGGUGCAUGUCAGUGUCAAGUCCAUGGAGGGUGUCUCUCCCAGCGUGUCCAAGGCUGUGUCAAGGCACCACAACCUGCACCCGCACCUACAGGUGGAGUGCUUAUGCGACGAUGGGCAGGUAAUGUUCGCCGACGGCUCGUGUGUCGUCGCCGACUCCAUCAUCUACUACACUGGGUACGAAUUGUCGUUCCCGUUCCUGGACCCGGGAGGGCUGGUCACCGUCGACGACGACGACGUCGACCCGCUGUUCGAGCACACCUUCCCACCGGUGCUGGCGCCGUCGCUGUCCUUCGUGGGCUUGCCCAGGCUGGCGCUGGUGCCGCUGUUCUACGAGGUGCAGGCGAGGUGGGUGGCGCAGGUGCUGUCCGGCCGGAGGCAGCUGCCGUCGUCGGAGGAGAUGAUGCGCUCCGCCGAGGAGUACCACCACGCCAUGGAGAAGGCCGGCGUGCCCAGGCAAAUCUCGCAUGCCAUGUUCUUCGACUUCGAGUACUGCGACGAGUUUGGGUAG